GAAAACAUGAGAUCAGUGUAAAUGAACAUAUCCAGCAGUAGACCAGGGCUCUGCAUGUCUCCAACACAGAGCAUUAGAAUGAAUGAAUGGUGAUCAGGCUGCUGCAGAACAUGAAGAGGUAGUUCACUGACUGACUCCACUGUUUACCUGGUCAUCAAACCAUCACUGACAGCAGGUUGUUUUUCUUUAGGAGGACAUGUCUCCUCUCCCUCCAGUGGAGCUGGUCCGGACUCCAGUGCAGCUGUAUCGAUACCUGCUGAGGUGCUGCAGGCUGUUACCAUCCAGAACCAUGCAGCAGCACUAUAAGCACGCCAUCAGACAGGUGAGCUCACCUGACCAGGUGAAGUGUCAGAGGACAGCGUUUGUUGGGACAUGUCUCAGUUCAGACACAUGUCUCUGAACUGAGACAUGUCUCAGUUCAGAUAUAUGUCUCUGAACUCAGACAUGUCUCU